AUAAAUAUGUAUAGCAACAUUUUGUUAUGUAAUUUAUGAAUGCAAGUGUAGUGUACAUAAUAAUAUAAUACACACGCACACUUAUAACCUUACAUAAGGCUGUCUCACGGGCGGCCACGCUAUGGCUACGUCUAGUUGUUCUAAGUCUAUGCUGGUGACUGUGGUGGUGUGUUUGGUGAACUACUUAGGUCUGCAAAUUUCAAAAAUAUGUUGACUAACAACAAUGUUGAUAAUACAACAAUAGUUGAGACGCUAGCAAAAUCAUUUUUUAAAAGGUCAUUGUCUGAUCUUAAUAGUGGAUAUAUUAAUAAUAUGACUUGGGAAAUGCAGGAUAAGUUUUUGUACAAGACUAUAUAUAGCCCUCUUUUUAAAAAAUAUCCUGGCUCUCCAACCUUUAGUAGGCAAUUUUUUAAAAAGCUGAUAGAACUUUUAGAGCCAGAACAUGAAGUUCAUGAUGAUAUAUAUGGAUAUUUAUGCUCUGUUAUGGACAGUGAGGCAGAUCAAUUUAACUAUUGCCACUACUUGAUAGACAAUAGUUUGGAUAAUAUAGUGACAAUUAAAGAAACAAAAAACAUGGUUCUAAAUGGUACUACUGGUUUACGUACAUGGGAGGCAGCUUUUAUGUUGUCAGAUUGGGCUCUAUGUAAUCAAGAUAUAUUUACAAAUAAAUCAAUACUCGAACUAGGAUCUGGUGUAGGUUUCACUGGCAUUACCAUUGUAAAACACUGUAAUGUCAAAUCGUUAGUAAUGACAGAUUUCCAUGACGAAGUAUUGGAAACAAUUCAUAAAAACAUUCACAUGAAUUUUUCUGUUUCACAAGACCAGCAGAAUAAUGAUUUAGUUGUUUCCAAAAACAGAAAAAAAGAUAUAGGUGUAAUGAAACUAGAUUGGAAUGAUACUGAAAAUCUGCGACAUAAUUUGAUACCAGAUGUUAUCAUAGGAGCUGACAUUGUCUAUGAUCCAUCAAUAUUCCAACCACUGAUAAAUAUUUUUGAAGUUUUCCAUAAAAGGAAUAACAAUGUAGAAAUAUACAUUGCUUGUGUGAUACGAAAUAGUGAUACUUUCAAUGGAUUUCUCAAGACUUUAGAUAUUUCAAACUUCAAGCAUAAAGAGCUAUCAGUACAAAGAAAUGUACAUAUAAGAUGGGAUGAGAAUUUACCAAGCUGGAGUUUGUUAAGGAUUAAUAAAGAAACUUUUAAUUAGU